AUGUAUCUUCCGCGCCAGCUCAUCUCACACCUAUACCUCCAACUUCUCCGAUCUCAUCACCCGCUCUCCCCGCCGGUCCUAAUUCUCGUUGCUCUCGAACCCGACGCGCUAUGUGCCUGCCGGAUCCUUACUGCAUUAUUAAAACGCGACUAUAUCCCGCAUAAGAUCCAACCUGUCGCCGGUUAUGGCGACCUCGCACGCGCUGGACAGGAGCUGAUCCAGCCAAUGCAGACUACCAAUGGUGGGAGCGGAGGAGUGGUCGUGUGUCUGGGCGUUGGUGGGCUAGUCGACUUGGCGGAGAUUCUUGCGCUUAGCAAUCCCGACGAAGAGGUGGAGGAUAUGGGUGGUGUUGAGAUUUGGGUCUUUGACGCGCGCCGACCAUGGAAUCUGGGUAAUGUCUUUGGUGGACAGGCUGGUGCCAGCUCGGCAAUGGCGGAGAUUAAUAGCAAUGCACGACGACGUGGGCGUGGAGUAGACAAAGGAUGUAUUACUCCUGCUUACUCGUCGAAAAAUGGUGGGAUUGUCGUGUUUGAUGAUGGUGACAUCGAGGGGGAUCUCAACUCUGAACGCGAGGCAUACUAUGCUCUUUUGGAAAUGCCCGAGAUUGAUGAGGAUGAUGAAAGUGACGAUGGAUCUACGGGUGGUAUGGAUGAUGAUGACGAGACACUUCCUGGCUCUAAAAAGCGAAAAUCAUGGUCUGGCCGUGAGGACGAGGACGACUCCGAUGAGGAAGACGGACCCCCGCGCCAGCGAAAACGCAGCAACUCGGGCUCUUCAUUUGUCACAUCACCAAGCCGGCGAAGGAGAAAUGGCAUCAACUCAUCUAAUUCAUCCCGUUCCGUAACACCUACUAGCGAUUCGCCAUCCCCAGCGGAGACAAAUCAGCCCUCGGCACGGUCACUAAAGCAACGCUUGGUUCGACUUAAGAAAAAACACGAGAUUGUCCUACAAUCUUACUACGCUUCGGGAACAUCAUAUUCAGAGCCAAUAUCCUCUCUUGUCUACUCGCUAGCAUCUGAACUUGGCCGCGAAGAUAAUGACCUUUUAUGGCUUGCGAUUGUCGGCGUUUCUAGCUUGGAACUCAGUGGUCGGUCCAUGACUGGCGUGGGAAUUUCCAAUUCCUUGGAAUCGGGAGGUUCAGCAGGUUGGGGUGGACAACGUGGAGAACAUAUUCGUCAAAUCUUCCGAGACGAAGUGCACCGUCUCAAUCCACCAGACCCCAUGGAGCGAGAUCGAGAUAUUAGGGGAGAAAUCAAUGGUGUCAUUCCUACAACUGCCAGAUCUCCGACAGACACUACAAUUCGUCUUUCUCCGGAACCGCGGUUCUUACUCGUUCGGCAUUGGUCUCUCUACGAAAGCAUGCUGCACAGUCCCUAUCUUGCCCCAAGGCUUCAUGUAUGGACUGAAAACGGCCGGAAACGACUUCACAAACUUCUCGCAAAAAUGGGUAUCAGUCUAACUCAAUGCCAUCAAUACUAUACGCAUAUGGAUAUGGAGCUGAAGCGGGUACUUCGGGGACGAUUGCUCAAAUAUGCCCCAAUGUAUGGCUUGGACGGCUUAGUUCCUCCAGAGCCUUCCGGGCAUUCUAGUUCGCGUGAAGGCUGGGGUUUUGUUCGAUGCUGGGGCUGGAAAGCCUGCCUAUCUGCUACGGACAUUGGUGUCAUUCUAGGUGCUAUGCUUGAAGUUGGCCCACAUGAUGCCGCUGCUCCCUGGGAUGUCAAGCGUCUCCCUCGGCCACAGGGAUCAAACAAUGAUGCCGGAGAUGGUGGUGCCCCUGGAGAAUCCGAUCAGGCUAGCUUACUGCCUCGCUUUUGGAGCGCAUAUGACGCUCUUUCGCUUACUUCAGAGUCGCCGACCCUACUUAUGGAGGCAUUGCCUCUAGCUCAACAUCUUCAUCGUGCCAUUCUUCGUACUGGUACCUCCUUGCUAUCAAAGCACCAAAUCCGACAUUUGAGAGCUUUUCGCAUUGCAGUUGUCAAAGACGGCCCUGAUGUGAAGCUUUUCACCAACCCUGGGGCUUUAACUAAGCUAGCUUUGUGGAUUGCAGAAGCCAUUCGGGUACAAGAGCGUGAAAAGGGAGACGCUGUGAAGAUUGGACGAAAGCGAGCCGCUGGAACUCCCCUUGUCCUUGCUGGACUAGAUGAGGAUCGGGAUCUAUACGUGGUAGUGGGCACCGGAGGUGGUGGCGGUGUUGUCGACUUUGCGGCCAUGUCAAAGCGGCAAGAAGCGCGACGUAAGAAAAAGGAACUCAAAGAUAAAAAGCAAAAGGAGAAAGAUGAGCGUCGAACUCAGCGCGCCGCCGAGCGCGCCGAACGAGAGGACGGAGAAGAUAUUGAUGAAGAAUCUGAAGAAUCCGAGUCGUCGUCGGAGUCCGAAUCUGAAGACGAAGAAGACCCACACAGCAAGAAACACCUACUACGCAACCGCUUCGGUAUCGCCUUCCAAGAAGUGGUCCAGGAGACCAAUGCGCGUGUCCGAAUCGACAGCUUCGAACACUGUGUCGUCGAGGUGGCCAAGGAUGACCUUGGUGGCUUCUUAGAAGCGCUGAGCUUCCGAAGUGUGGUGGGCUAA